AUGUACGGGUCGAUCGAGCGUUUCCCGGGUUCGUGGAUAUUGGCUGGGUGGAACGGCUGGGGGUUCGAUGCGAGGCGGCGUAAGACGUGGGCGACGUUUGGCGAGGACAAGGACAGGGUGAAGGAGAUGCUGCUCGUCCCGCGCGUUCUGGGCGAGCGGGAUGGCGACGCGGCGGCUGUGGAGCAUGAUGGUGUUUUUCCGAGGGGCACGUUCGUUGUGAGCAAUCAUGCGGAUGAGUUGACGCCGUGGACGCCGCUGAUUGCGUCGCUGUCGAGGUCGCCGUUCAUUGCGAUUCCGUGCUGCAGUCAUGAUUUUGGCGGGGCGAGGACUCGCGCGCCCGUGCAUAGGAAGUAUGUCCAGGAAGAUCCGAAUGUGAUGGGCAAGAAGGAGAAUAAGCAGCCUAGUGCGUAUGCGGGGCUGUGUAGUUGGGUCAGUCACUUGACGGAGAGUAUGGGGUAUAAGGUUGAGAAAGAGCAUUUGAGGAUCCCGAGUACGAGGAACAUUGCGAUUUUGGGGAGGAGUAGACUUGGAGAUGAUGAGGUGGACGGCGAGGAAGGAUUAGAGGAGAGGCUGGGGAUUACAAGAGAAGUGGUGGAGAAGGAGAUGGGUGAGUCGACGACGAUUGAGCAGGUUAGAUCGAUGUGGAUGAGGAGUGGCGGGGACUUGAUGAAGUCUGGGAAGAGUGGACAUUGA